AUGCAUCCUUGUGUUUUUAUAAUUUUCUCACUUCUCUUGGCAUGCCUGCAGAAUACAACUGCCAACCAAUUGGUAGCAGUGGAAGAAAGAGACGAUAAUAGUGUUCUCUCGAACAAGUGUUUGGAUAAGGAGAGAGAUGCUCUCCUUCAAUUCAAAGCAAACCUUCAAGACCCUGAUGGUAGUCUCUCUACGUGGAGACCUGAAGAUGAUGACUGUUGUACAUGGGAAGGAGUCACGUGUGACAACCAAACAGGCCAUCAUGUCACGGAGCUUGAUAUUAGUUUGUUUAGUCUUGAAGGUGAGAUUAGCCACUCAUUGGUUAACUUAAGCUACAUGAAUCAUCUUGAUCUUUCGGGAAAUUCUUUUCAUGGAACAAUUCCCACCUUCAUUGGUUCCAUGAUUCUAUUGAGUUACCUUGACCUUGGUCAAAAUAAUCUUAAUGGAACCAUUCCCACUUUCAUUGGUUCCAUGACUCUAUUAAGGCACCUUGACCUUGGCCACAAUAAUCUUAAUGGAACCAUUCCCAACUUCAUUGGUUCCUUGACUUUAUUGAGGUUCCUUGACCUUCGUUACAAUAAUCUUAACGGAGCUAUUCCCAAGUCCAUUGGUUCCUUGACCCAAUUAAGGCACCUUGACCUUUCCCAUAACUCUCUUUAUGGAACCAUUCCACCACAGUUUGGAAAUCUCACCAACCUGCAAGAGCUUUUUCUUGCUCUUGUUGGAAGAUGUAGAGUUGAAAACAUAGAGUGGCUGUCUCAUCUCUCUCAUUUGGAGGUACUUGAAAUGGAUGAGAUUUCCUUAGCCAAAGCAAACCAUUGGGUGAAUGUAAUUUCGAGUCUCCGGAAGCUAUCAUAUAUAAGGUUGGAGGGAUGUGAGCUGUCACAGGUGAUGUAUCCAUAUUCUUCUUCAUUUCUCAACUCUUCUUCAUCUAUUGAAUCCCUUUUUCUUGGAAACAACAAUCUGACCUCAUCCAUGUAUCGUUGGUUGUUCCCCUUAACAAGCAAUAAGCUUCGUUUUCUUUAUCUCUAUGGCAACAUGUUAGAUAGGAUACCCAAAUAUAUUGGUAACCUCUGUAGUUUGGAACGUUUGUACUUCUAUAACAACUCAGCUGCUGUAAAAUUUCCUGAUUUUCUGAACAACUUGUCUGGAUGCACAUUGCUAACAUUUCAAGACUUGUCUAUUCGAAGAAGCCAAUUUACAGGGUCAUUGCCUGAUGACAUCCAGAACUUUUCAUCCCUAUCAUAUCUGGACCUAGAAGAUAAUCAAAUAAAUGGAACCAUAAGCAAGAACUUGUGGGAACUACCCUGGCUUGAAAAGAUUGAUGUUUCUCAAAAUCAUUUUUCUGGUGCCAUCUCUGAAAACAUUGGAAAGUCGAAGGCUCUUUAUAUAAAUCUUUCAAAAAACCCACUCCAAGGAGUUCGUUCCAUAGAUCAUAUGUCAAAACUUUCUUAUGUAGAGCAUAUUGAUCUGAGCUCUUGCAAAUUAGGCCCUCACUUCCCCAAAUGGAUUCAAAAGCUAGAAAGACUUACCCGUCUUGAUAUUUCCAACACUAGAAUCUCAGACACAGUUCCUCCAGAAUUUUGGAACAUGCAAUUACUCUUUUUGAAUCUCUCUUCUAAUAACAUCAGUGGGGAAGUACCAGAUUUAUCAGCAAGUUUUUUCGGCACUCAAAUGAUAGAUUUGAGUUCAAAUAGCUUUAACGGUCCAAUACCGCAUCUUCCUUCCAGUUUGACAUCAUUAAAUCUUUCCAGAAACAAAUUCUCUGGAGGAAUCUCAUUCUUAUGCCAAAUUGUCGAUGGGUUACUGGAAUUUCUUGACAUCUCCCAUAACUCUCUAACCGGACAACUUCCAGACUGUUUGUGGCAUUUCAAUCAACUGAAAGUUCUUAAUCUAGGAGACAACAGUCUAUUUGGAAAGCUUCCUAUAUCUGUUGGAUCUUUGAUCAAUCUUGAGGUGUUGUAUUUAUACAAGAACAACUUCUCUGGACAAUUGCCUUUGUCUCUAAAGAAUUGUACAAAGUUAAACUUCUUCGAUUUGGGGACAAACAGAUUUUUUGGUAAUGUGCCUGUUUGGAUUGGGGAAAAUUUAUCGGCGUUGUAUGUUCUUAUCCUAAGAUCAAACAACUUCUACGGAACCAUACCUUUACAAUUAUGUAAAUUACCAAAUCUUCAAAUUUUAGACUUUUCAAGGAACAAUCUCCACGGAAGCAUCCCUUCAUGUUUGAAUAAUCUCACAAGAAUGGCUCAAGAAGGAUUCUUAGCGCCACCAAACGUGCAUCCCUAUACAAGUACAUUUGGAAGCUUUUCAAAUUUUAUUCUUCCAUAUCCCACUGAAGAGGAGUAUGUUGACCAUGCAAUGAUCGAGUGGCAAGGAGAUGAGCGUGAAUUCACCCGUAAUUUGGGAUUGUUAAAGAGUAUUGACUUGUCAAGCAACAAUCUAACAGGACAUAUCCCAUAUGAACUCACCAAUCUUCAUGAACUGCUUGCUCUGAACUUGUCAAGGAAUGCUCUACUUGGAGAGAUUCCACAACAAGUUGGUGAGAUGAAAAAACUUUUAGCUUUGGAUUUAUCUAGAAAUAGUUUAUCAGGAGGGAUACCAUCAAGCAUGUCUCAAAUGACUUCAUUGUGUUACCUAAACAUAUCAUCUAAUAACUUGUCUGGGAGAAUCCCAACUAGCACACAACUCCAGUCCUUUCAACCUUCAAGCUACGAUGGAAAUGCAGGAUUGUGUGGACCUCCCCUUUCCAGAAAAUGUCCAGGAGAUGAAGACUUACAAGUUAGUAAAAGCGACGGUGAUGAGGAAGACACAGAGGAAUUGUGGGGAUGGUUCUAUAUUGGUGGGGCCACUGGUUUUGCUACUGGAUUUUGGAUAGCAUGCGGCACUCUACUUCUCAACCGUCAUGGGAGACGUGCAUUUUUUCACUUUUAUGAUAGCUUCAGAGAUUGGGUUUAUCUAGAGGUGGUGUUGUUCAUUGCAAAAUUGCGGAGGAUUGCAUGUAUGUAG